AUAAUGGUACUUUCCUCUCUAGCACGUACCGUUUAUGCUUAAAUUUCAAGGGCAGCGUGUGCCGUGAGGUUAAAACUUCCAGCAAACCGCAGGCUGUAAAGAAAGCACAGUCUGGGACUGCGUAGAUCCACUAUGCUCUGCAAAGCCGGUUAUAUUCGCAGAUGCGCCGCUUCCCUGAGCUGCCUGGCGUCCAGGCAGAAGCAUACGCUCCCCGAUCUCACCUAUGACUAUGGGGCGCUGGAGCCGCACAUCAAUGCGGCGAUCAUGCAGCUUCACCACAGCAAGCAUCACGCCACCUAUGUCAACAACCUCAACGUCACCGAGGAGAAGUACCAGGAAGCACUGACCAGAGGUGAUGUGACUACACAGGUCGCCCUCCAGCCUGCACUGAGGUUUAACGGCGGUGGUCACAUCAAUCACACCAUUUUCUGGACCAACCUCUCUCCGAACGGCGGUGGGGAACCUCAAGGGGAGCUGCUGGAGGCUAUCGAACGUGACUUCGGAUCCUUCCAGAAGAUGAAGGAGAAGAUGUCCGCGGCAACCGUUGCCGUGCAGGGCUCAGGCUGGGGCUGGCUGGGGUUCGAGAAGGAGGGCGGGAGGCUACGGAUCGCGGCAUGCGCCAACCAAGAUCCCCUCCAGGGAACCACAGGUGCGUGCGCGCGUGUGUGUGUGUGUGUGUGUGUGCGUGUGUGUGUGUGUGUGUCUCUCUGUUUUUUUCAGAAUAACAUACAGGCUCAUGCAGAAUGCACAUGUACAGACGUCCGGCCGGACUACGUGAAGGCGAUCUGGAACGUGGUCAACUGGGAGAACGUGUCCGAGCGGCUUCAGGCCGCCAAGAAAUGAGACUGGCCCUGUGGAACGGGAGGUGUGGAAAAUGAGCGAACUCCUCUUCCUGCAAACGACCUCUCAUUAUCUGCCUGCUCGAAGUCAGACAGCCGUGCCCCGCAGUGGCUGUCCGGACUGAUGUGGUGCCUGCGAACAUAGAGCCAAUAUUUGCUGACUUUAGAUUGUAUGCAGCCUUAUUUCCCAUCAUGCAUCGCUUCAGCGGCAUCAAGUGAUGAGAGCUUAGGUCUGUUGCCGUGCUUCAUUAAAAUUAUUUGCGGGAGUUCA